AUGCAGGAGUCUCCAGGAGCCAUGGGGGUGGACGGCAGCUACACCAGUAACGUCCCAGCGUUCCUCACCAAACUGUGGACUCUGGUGGAGGAUCCGGACACCAACCACCUGAUCUGCUGGAGUGCGACUGGAACCAGUUUCCACGUCUUCGAUCAGGGACGCUUUGCAAAGGAAGUUCUGCCAAAGUACUUCAAACACAACAACAUGGCCAGCUUCGUCCGUCAGCUCAACAUGUAUGGUUUCCGUAAAGUGGUGAACAUCGAGCAGAGUGGUCUGGUGAAACCUGAGAGAGAUGACACGGAGUUCCAACACCUGUACUUCCUGCAGGGACACGAACACAUGCUGGAGCACAUCAAGAGGAAGGUGUCCAUAGUGAAGAGUGAGGAGACCAAGGUGCGACAGGAGGACCUCAGCAAACUGUUGUAUGAAGUCCAACUGCUGAGGACACAACAGGACAACAUGGAGAUGCAGAUGCAGGACAUGAAACAGCAGAAUGAGGUGUUGUGGAGGGAGGUGGUGUCCCUCAGACAGAACCACACCCAGCAGCAGAAGGUCAUGAACAAGCUGAUUCAGUUUCUGUUCAGCCAGAUGCAGUCCAACACACCCAGCACAGUGGGCCUGAAGAGAAAACUGCCCCUGAUGCUGGACGAUGGCUCCCCCAGUCCUCCCUCCUCUAAAUUCAGCCAUAACCACCCCAUGGAGCCCAUGCACGAGUCCUUCUACAUCCAGUCGCCCUCCAGUGACAGCGCCUCCUGCUCCACCAGUGGAAUGACAGGAGGUCCAAUCAUAUCAGACGUGACGGACAUGUCCCAGACCACCAUGGCCCUGCAGAUCCACCCGGACCCCGAGUCCAGGGAGAAGUGCAUGAUGCUCAUCAAAGAGGAGCCUGUGAGCCCUGGGGUGAGGGGAGGAGUGAAAGGAGGUGGAGUCGGAGGAGGAGUCGGGGGAGGAGAAGGCGUGGCGCUGACCUCCUCCUGUGAGGUGUGCUCCUCCGAACCGCCCGUUCUGCCCGUCGCCAUGGUGCAGUCUGUUCUGGAGGGGAGGGGCUCUGCGGCCCCCAUGGGGGACAGGAGGACGAAGAGACUGGCCUUGGACAGAGUGGAGGUUUCAGAUGCUGUGGAGAACGUGGACAUGAGUCUGGAGGAACUGCAGCAGCUGCUUCUGAGGAACCAUCAGCAGAACACAGUGGAGGCUGGAACCAGUGCUGGGAUGGAUCCCUUCAGUUUAAAUCUCCCUCUGACCGAGUGGAACUUCAAUGAGAUGGAGUCCAACCUCAAAUCUUACAUGUUCCACAACCAGGAUGCAGAGGCUUUUCCUGCCAACGGCUGUGAGGAGCAGUGAUGUGUACGGUGGACUGGACCGACACAACCACCAGGCCAACGACGCCGCCGUUCCACUCAGUCCACGGUGCAGGACCUGGUCCACGAUGCAGGACCUGGUCCACGGUGCAGGACCUGGACCCUGU